ACGACGCGUAGUGUCAGUACUCAGUAGUGCGGUGUGCUCUCAAUAUGCAUGUUCCCUUAGUUUUUGUCAUGGCGGAUAAAACGAGAUAGAGGUAUGGUAUUGUGGACAUGUUCGAUGACGAUGAACGUCAGGUAAUAGAAGGAAUCGGGAACGAAGUUCUACUCGGCGUUCCCACUGUGGUGGCUGCGAUCGUCGGCCUUUUGGCCUUGGUCAGAUGGCAGCAAGUACUCCCCUCCCAGCACACACCAGAGGAGCCCAGAAGCCCUACGAGUGACCGGCUCGACCAAAAUGGUCCCACAGACAUGACCCACUAUGGAUCAGACAGCCAGUGCCCUAUCUGCCUCGGGGAGCCACACCUCCCCGUGGAGACCAACUGUGGACAUCUAUUCUGCGCCCACUGCCUGGUACAGUACUGGCAGCUGGGCCAGUGGGGCACCCGCCCAGUCCGUUGCCCCGUCUGCCGCCAGCAGGUGUCGGUGAUGCUGCGCUGCUUCCAGAGUGGACCUGAGCCAGAGCGCUCACAACUGCUCAGAAGCGUCAACGACUACAACAGACGCUUCUCGGGAGAACCUCGCCCGUGGAUGGACCACCUGCGCGACCUGCCCACGCUCCUACGGCAUGUGAUGUCAGAGUUCUUCUCCAUGGGGGGCCUCAUGUACAUGUUCCGGCUACGCAUUGUCCUCUGCUUUGUAGCUGCCAUUAUGUAUCUCGUGUCCCCUCUGGACAUCAUCCCAGAGGCCGUCUUCGGACUCCUGGGACUCCUCGACGACAUGUUCGUCGUCCUCCUGCUAGCAAUCUACGUCACGGUCAUCUACCGAAGGUUCCUCGCUGCCAGGUGGCAACAGGACGCACAGUGACUCGCGUGUGUGUGUCUCUCUCUAGGCGACCCGUUAAAUGAUGCCACUUCCAUCAGUAUACACGUACUCUAUAGUACAACUUUGUUUCUAAACUGAGGGCUGCUUUGGGAAGAAAUAGUUUGGAAGAAGAUGCGCAGUAUGGAGAUGAAAAUAUGUUUUUUUGUUUCACACAAUCCUAUUCUAGCACGUUUGUCGAGUUGUAGAGCUGCGUUGUAGCAAGUUCAAGGAUGACUAGAUUAUCGACGGCAAUCACCCUUUGUAACCAUAACUGGUAACCCUAUAAUAGCUGUUGAAAUAUUGGGAACGUAUCCGAAAAAUAUGUGAUCGCAGAGCAAUUUUGAUAUAGUAUCCCGAAAAGCGAAUGUCUUGUGGGAUUCCAAAUUCGAGGAACAGUUUGUAGGAUUAAAGCUGAUUAAAGACAGCAUUUUGUAGUAUUUAAAGAAAAGCACAUUUUCAUUAAGUAGAACACAACUGUACAGACAGAACAAGUCCAAAAGACUUCAGAGGGAUGCCAGCUGCAGUUGAACCUCCCGGUAGUCCUGCGUCAACAAACACUCGCUUUAACAUCUCGAAAAUACAUUACUCGUGAGCUAAACCAAAGAGGGGGGGUCUAUCCAAGCAACCGGUGGGUGCUUACAGUUGUUUCUGGGCAUUAUAGAGGACGUACCCCCACAACGGUCGUAAAGAAAAAAAGAAGCCUUUCUGAGGCAGUCGGUAAUACAUUUCUCUAAUUAUUAUUUUGGCUAUUUUUAUUAAUUAUUAUAAUUAGAGCCCGGUAGGUUAGGGCUGAACCCAGUAAACCCCGUUUUUACCCCCCUCCCUCCCCCCGAUUUGCACCAUGGGCACCCGCGAAAUCCUGGAAACUAACUUGGCAAAGUGCCAAUUCAGCCAGCGAUACUGCAGAACGCUAUUCAAUGCACAUUCAACACAGCUGUUGUGCACCUUGUGUUCAUCAAAGAUACACUAAGUGUUGUUGUUUUUCUUUCUUUUUUUUGCACACAAAAAUGUACUUUCCAAAAAAUGUAAAUUUUCUCAAGUCCAUGCGCCUCACAAAUGUUUAGUCACAAACAAAGAACCUACUAUUUUCCAAAAAUAAAAUGUGACUGGGGGGAACGACUGUGUCAAGUGGCACGCAAAUUGUGUGUAUUCCUGCUCCUCGUUUCUCCAUUACCCAGGUAUUGAGUAUCGAUGUAUUACACGGAAGUAUUUUGUAUGGUAACACUGAUUUCUUGCAAGUAUUACGUAUUUCUGUUACAUUACAUAACAUGAGUAGUGUUGCCCACCACUGAAUUCAGGCUCAAACAAACAAACGUCAGAUUUUGUAAUGAUAAGCAAAUGUCUUUCGCAGAAUAAAUAAAGCGUUGCAUCACCUGU